UGGAGGCUCUGCUCCUGCUGCUAUCGUGGUAGCCAAAACCCUCCACUUGCUGGCACACGCAACGAUGGAAAACAUGGUACUGGGCGCGCUGAUAUUGCUGUUGGCUCAACAAGCUGUGACGCAGAGUGCGACAAACACUUCCAGCGGUAGUAGACUCGUGUCAACUAUGAAAAUCGCGGGAACUAGGGGAAACAUCCAAGACAACUCUGACUACAUGUCGAUGCUACGAGGCGCUUUAGCCCGUGGCUUCGCCAGCAUUCCGGCUUCCGUGAAGUUCCAGCUGCUGAAAGCCGAUGUGAGCCGGGAGUGUCAAGUGGGCCUGCUGCGAUCGUUGCGUGGCUUUCUGAAGCUCGACCCGUGGGCUCUAAGACUUUUCGACGCGUCUGGAAAGUACCCGACGGGAUUGUUGCAAGGCUCACGUGCUGACAUGGGAGCCUUCGACGAGUGCCUCGAAACAGAGGCGCAUGACAAAAGCGGAAACGUGUUCACUCGAGGCCAGUAUUGCAACUUCGUUGCCUACAUCAAGAAUAGCACUGCCGCGAAAGGCACUAUUGAGGCCUUGUCAAAUGUCCUGCACCCGAAGUUUCAAUACUUCAAGGAUAUCUCCACCUUGGUAGACGGCCCCUUUGUUCGCCUUGGGAUUUGCUUCAUAGACCUGUGUGGCCAGGACGACUUGCAAGUUCUCGUAGACUCAUUGAAACUGUCAAUCAUUCACCUUGAAGUGUCGAAUUGUGUAACUGCGGGACCGGAACCCUGGACUACAGCGCAAAUUGCGAUCACGUCGUGUCUUGGUGUGCUUCUAGUUAUCAUCAUAUUUGCUACUACAAUGGAUUACAUGGCAAAAACGAGUCCGGAAAACAACAAGAAACGCAGUGCCCUUUUCAAAUUCGUUGUGGCUUUCUCCGCCACAUCGAACACGCGCGACCUGCUCAAGGUGGCCGACAAGUCAAAUGCCGACCAGUACGCCAUGCAGUUCAUGCACGGCAUGCGUUUCCUGUGUCUCGUUCACCUCGUGAUUGGUCAUUUUUACAUAACUCUGUCGGACUCUUGGUCGCGUUUGCUGAACAUGUUCAUCAGUUCUGACAAGUGGACCCACAUGAUCAGCGCAGCAGCGUCCAACAGUGCGGGGACGUUCUUUUUUCUUAGUGGAUUUCUUCUGUGCUUUACUACGAGCAGACAAACUGGAAACGGGCUUGUUGUCUUCGCUACAGACGUGGCGAAAAGGCUUAUAAGGUUUUGCUUACCUCUUUUUUUCAUCAUCAUCUGCUUGUAUCUCCUUCCCCAUUUGGUCACUGGGCCGAACGCAAGAGCAUUCUUUCAAAAGUUCUCCGAUGAAGUCUCCAAUCACUGGUGGCAGUUGCUUCUCCAAAUCAGGAACUUCUAUGAGAUUACUAUUUGGGACGUGCUACCCCACACUUGGUACUUAUCGGCGGAUUUUCAACUCUUUCUGGUCGCGCUUCCGACGCUUCUGAUAUUGAGAGGUCGCAAGAUGGCGCUCGUGGCUGUGUUCUCCGUGCUUUCGGUGCUUAGCUGUGCUAUCGGAACAUUGGGCGUGGCGCGCAGUAAUCUGCUGCCAUUUAUGAUUUUUCCAGGCCCUGACGUGAAUUUGCUCGAGAAAACAUAUGGGGACUACUACAUCCGGCCAUACUAUCACGGCGUCUGCUACUUCAGUGGCUGUAUGACGUUUAUCUUGAUGAAGGACUUCAGGAAGAGAAAUAUCUCGAAGAGCAUGCAGCUGGCAGGCUGGUGCGUGUCCGUGACCUGCGGCUUGACCUCAGUGUUCGGCAAGUUGGCGUGGUACAGGAGCCCGAAUCCUACUUCUGAGGCUGUCACGCUCCUUGCGGCCUUCUUCGACCGCAUUCUCUGGUCCAUAUUCGUUACCUGGAUGACACUAGCGUGUUUCUCAGGUCGAGCAGGAUUCGUCGGCAAGUUCCUUUCCUGGAAGGCCUUCGUGCCAUUGAGCAAGCUUUCGUUCGGCGUCUACCUCAUCCACUUGCCAUUCAUGCAGCUCAUGCUACACGCGUCCAGGGAAAGAGUACUUUGGUCCCACUUUAACUUGGUGACACUGGGCUUUGCAGUGCUAGUUUGGAGCUUCCUGUUGUCUUAUCUGACAUACCUCGCCUGCGAAGCGCCAACAACAAAGCUGAAUAGCCUCAUCUUCACCAGAAUCGUUGGAAGAGAAGAUGCUCGAAAACAGAAGCAACCGGAACAGUCUGCUUGAAACACGAGUCAGCGAUAAAAGCGGAAAGAAGUUUCGUGUCAAAACUGGUCAGAGCCGCCAUGUAUAAACAACGGCAGGAAUAAUCACCCAAUAUAAAGUGCUGUGCGGAACUUCGCUAGGGCUGUAGUCGGGUGGGGAACGUGAAACGAUCGGAAUAAUUUUCUUGAAAAA